AUGUCCAGACCCGUUGACUCUUGGAACGUCUGUCUUAACACUUCCCUUGAAGAGGAGGACAAGGAAGUCUUCAACAUCGUUGAAAACGAGAAGCUCAGACAAUGGUCGUGUCUCGAACUUAUUGCUUCAGAGAACUUCACUUCCCAAGCUGUCAUUGAAGCCAACGGUACUGCCUUGACCAACAAGUACUCCGAAGGUCUUCCCGGUGCUCGUUACUAUGGUGGUAAUGAGUUCAUUGACGAACUUGAAAUUUUGUGCCAGAAGCGUGCCUUGGCUGCCUUUGGUUUGAACCCUGAACAGUGGGGUGUCAACGUCCAACCUUACUCUGGUAGUACCGCCAACUUUGCCGCUUUGACGGCUUUGAUCCAACCUCAGGAUCGUUUGAUGGGUCUUGACUUACCUUCCGGUGGUCAUUUGACUCACGGUUAUCAGACCAACAAGAAGAAGAUCUCCUCCUCUUCCAUCUACUUCGCCUCCAUGCCUUAUCAGGUCGACCAACAGACUGGUUUGAUUGACUACAAGCGUCUCGAGGAGAACGCCGCUCUCUUCCGUCCCAAGUUGUUGAUUUGCGGUGCUUCGGCCUACCCCGCUGAGUGGGAAUACGAUACCAUGCGCAAGGUUGCCGAUCAACACGGUGCUUACUUGAUGUGCGAUAUGGCCCACAUUUCCGGUUUGAUUGCUGGUCAGCAAGCCUUGUCGCCUUUCGACUACUGUGACAUCGUUACCACCACUACUCACAAGACUUUGCGUGGUCCCCGUGCUGGUCUCAUCUUCUUCCGUCGCGAUAAGGGUGACGAUCUCGAAAGCCGUGUCAACCAGGCCGUUUUCCCCUCUUGCCAAGGUGGUCCUCACAACAACACCAUUGCUGCUAUUGCUGUCGCUUUGAAGCAAGCCGCUUCCCCCGAAUUCAAGCAAUAUGCCAAGCAAGUGUGCGCCAACGCCAAGAAGCUCGCUGAGGUGCUUACCGGUUACGGUUACAAGUUGGCCACUGGUGGUACCGUCAACCAUUUGGUGUUGUGGGACUUGAAGCCCCAAAAGUUGACCGGUUCCAAGGUCGAACGUAUCUGCGAUAUGGUCCACAUCACCAUCAACAAGAACUCCAUUGCCGGUGACAAGUCCGCCGUGACUCCUGGUGGUGUUCGUUUGGGUGCUUCGGCUCUUACCAGCCGAUCCAUGAAGGAAGACGAUAUGGUCAAGGUCGGUGAGUUCCUUCACCGCACCGUCAACAUUGCUCUCAAGGUCCAGGAAUCCUGCGGCAGCAAGUUGUUGAAGGACUUUGUCGCUGCUCUUGAAGGCAAUGAGGAAAUCGCUCAAUUGAAGAAGGAAGUCGUCGAAUUCGCUCGCAGCUUCCCCAUGCCUGGCUUUGAUGCCACCAAGAUCAAGGCUACUGCCACCAUCUAA